AUGAAGAUUAUAAUUGAUUUAACAAAGGAAAACAAGUAUACAGAAGAAAUCAUUGAUCUCACAUAUGAAAUCAAUAACAACAGCAAUAACAACAACAUAAACAACAACAUCAUCCAUAUAAAUCAAUUCCAACUUAAUUUAAAGAGGAAUCUUAUGAUUUAUAUCACUGAUUUGGAAGAUUAUAUUUUCAACAAAAUAUUAGAAAAUAAAAAAAAUAAAUUUUCAACAUUAAUUACAUAUUUUACUUUUUCGCGUCUCACCAGCAGAUUCGAAUGUAAUUUAUGUGAAUGUUUCACAAUUUCAUUAUCAAACAAAAAGGUUGGACAUUGUGCAACCUCUCAUAUUAAUGAGAAUUUGUCAUAUUUAGGAGUAUUGCUGUCAUGUGACUUUAUUACGAAUUUAAAUGAAGUGGAAGAUAGUAAUGGUAGAAAAUUCAAUCAAAUCUGGGUAAUCGUAGAUAGAUUUUCAAAGUAUACUACAUUAAUACCCACGCAUAGCACAUAUACUUCUUUAGAACUUGCUAGAUUAUUCAAAAGCGAGUUUAUAAAGAUACACGGAGUACCAUUAUACAUCUCCAGCGAUAGAGACAGCAAACUAACUUCCAGAACUUGGAAAGAAUUUGCUAAAUUAUUAAAUAUCAAACUUAAUUUCACUACAGCUGAUCAUCAACAAGCUAAUGGACAAGCUGAGAUAGUGAUUAGAGCGAUUAAAAAUACUUUAAGAAAGUUAUUAAUCGAAGACAAAGAAAAUGAUUUAAACAGAAAUUGGUAUCAACAUGUAGAUACAAUUCAGUUUGGAUUAAAUAAUACUAAAUCUACUUCUACAAAUUAUACACCAUUCUUAAUUGCUUAUGGUAGAAAUCCAUCUACUGUCGCCGACUUGGCAGUUCCUUUAAAUAGAGAACCAAGUGAUACAGUGAACGAUAAUGAGAUUGAAUCAUUAUUAAAUUAUACCUCUACAAUCAUUAUAAAUGUUAGAAAUAACUUAAUUAAGAUUAGAAACAAGAUGUUGUCUAAUUAUAAUAAAAAUAAAAAGUAUAAUGAUUUUAAGAUCGGUGAUAAAGUGUAUGUAAAGGAAAAGAGACCUUCCAAGAAGUGGAACAAAUUAGAAGCAGUAUACGCUGGUCCCUAUGAGAUCAUCGAUAUUGACAAACAAAAUUUAAAUAUAACUAUAAGAGAUUAUAUCUCUGGAGUUUCAAGAAUUAGAACAACGUCUAAAACGUUGCACGUAAAAUACUUUAAACACGCUCCAAAGGAUGACGUGAACGAGAGAGAAUACAUUCCAGUAGAAAAAUUAGAUUCUUUUCUAAAUAAUGAUGAAUUAAUAUCCGAUGUAAAAAUGUCUGAUAUCAGUAAUGAAGACGAAAUCACAGAUGAAACUAUGGAUCAAGACGACGUAGUUAAUCAUCAAGAUGAAAUUAAUCAAGACGAAGAUGAUAUCUCUGAUCUUGAAGAUUUAAAUGAUUUGAUGACUGAUAUAUCAAGUAUUGAUUCGUCAUUAGAACCUAAAGGACAUUUUUCAGAUUUACAGUUAUCGAGAAUCUUAAAUCCUGAAAAAAAUACAUAUCUUAAAGUUAGAGAAAUUUUAAAUAAUAAUAAAUCUAGCCCAAAUACAUUUAUAAAUCUUUUAAGAACUUUAGAAGAAAAGGAAUCAGUAAUAGAUUACCCUCACAACAAAGUAACAGAGGAAUCUAACCUUUUAAUAAAUAGUAUUAUGAAAUUUGCAAUAUCGCCGGAAUUAUUCGAAAUGAUUCAGAAAAGAUCAUUUAAAAUAGUAUCUAAAAGAAGAUUAACUAGUAACACUGAUUAUUUAGUUAAAAUAAGUAAUACUGUAGGAUGGGUUUCAAGACAUAUCCUCGCCAAACAUGCAUCCAAACAAAUCAACGAUUUCAACAAGAAAAUCGACAACCUCAACCCUGUAGCCAAUAUUAACAGUUUACUGUUUAGAGAGAACAAUAUUCUAAACGCCUUAGAGACAGUUACCAACCCACAUCACCGCAAUAAACUUAUGUCAAAGUACCAUAAGAUCAAAUCCAACACCGCUGUAUUCUUCUUGAAUACUUCUUUUUAA